CACAAGUCUCUCUGGGAGGUGUGUUGUUGGGUUUUUAAGACUAGGACGAGGGUUAGGAACUGGGCAGAGAAAGAAGGACACACAACCACGCACAAUGAGGACUUUACUGGCGGUACUGGUGUUGGCUAUCUCAUCAGCAGCUUUAGAAGCAAGUGAGUAUAUAUGUAUUACUUUCUAAAUGACUAUUUGAUAAAACACUGGUUGCUCCAUCCCCUCUUUCUUGAGUUAUGUGCAGUGUUGGAGGGGAGAUGGGGCUGAGGUAGGAUUAAUUGAAAUAAUGGAAGAGAUACUCACUGAGCAAUGACAUUUCUGCAAACAAUCCCUUUUAGUAGUGAAAAGUUUGUUCUAUAUUUCCCCAUUAUAUAAACUAAUUGCAUGUUUUGUAUUUCAAAAACUCUUACAUUUGACUAAUCAAUACAUAUGAUAUAACUUGUCUGAGGAUCUGUCAAUCAUCAUAUUAUUGAGAAACAAUAACAACUCAUUGUAUGGUUGUUUACACACUAAUGGAACUUGGACAAGCAAAACAAAUGUAAGUAAAAGCGAGUAAGUGGUCUCCCUCAUAUUGUUAAGUGAUAUAAUAUCUUGAUCUUAGUUUUUUUAAUGGUUUCCUUUAUUCUGAGGGUCUUUAUAGAAACUGAGCUCUAAAGCCUGAACUUUGGAAUAUGGUGUUACAUAUUUUGCUAUAGGUUGAGCAUUGCCAUUGAACAGGAUUAAUAAUAAUCUAUGCAUUACUGCCUCCUCAAUACACUGCAUAUAUACUCUAUAAAUAUCUGCAUAUAGCAAAACGUUUCAAUACCUGGUGAAUUUACAGGACUGCCAGUGUCUGUAAUUACAACAUUUUCAAAAGAGCAUAGUAUACCAGUAUAAUCUUAUAAAUAACACCAUCAUUUUGUGCAGGUCAGUUCAGCUUUAAAGUGUGGAGAAUUUCAUAAAGAAAAUCCUGAGUAAAUGCACAUUAUGCUUUGAUAUGAGCUCAUCAUGCACUUAAGUUUGGUAGUACAUUUGGUGAUUAAUCAAAUGUGAAAUUCUGUAGACCAAAAAAUCUCUCAUUUGCGUGCCUUGUCUACAUUAAUCUCACAUUAGCAAGAAUUCAGCCACUGUGUAAUAUACAGUAGAAUAGCAUGUCUAAUAACUACUGACAGAGUGGGCCACAGAUUACAUGCUUGUAAUCAAGAAUAACACAAUCACAUGCCAAUUUGGUCUCCAAACCCUAAAAUUCUCAGCUCUCAACAAUAGAAUAGAAUAACUAUAUUUUUCCCUGAGGGAACAUUAGUACUAAAGUUGGUGUUUCACUAUCAAUCAUGAGGUUCAAAGUGUAUUAUCUACCAAUGUGUUGCAUCUGAUGGAUAUCCAAACCAAACCACAAACUGUAAUUAACUUGGUUAACUUGGUUGGAGAUAUCGGUCUUUUCAUUGGCAAUUAGUUUGAAGUGUGACUAUCUGAUUUAAUGACUGCACAUGAUAACGAUAUUAAGGCUUGUCAUUAUGAAUUAGUUAUUUUAGAGGAUGCAUUCCUAAGAUUGUUGAAGCUGAGUAUGAUAGGACUGUAUUAUGCCAAUGGGAAUACAAGGGGCUCAUAAUAACAGAAGAUAAUGUAGUUGUUGCGGUUUCCUAAAUCCUGAACUUGCACCUUAUGAUACAUCAUCCCGAUUUCAGUCAUAUAACACACACUCGCACACACACUUGCAUGUGUGACAUGCACACACAAACACACGCACAGCAGUAGCAGAGUAAGGUUGCCCUGAUGUCUGAACUCCACAGAGGCUCCCCUCAUUCCAGCAUUUGGGAUUACGGCUGCCUGUGCUCAACUGACAGUCACAUGAAAGGGAUUGACAGGGAUUGCAGGGGCCGUGUGACUCACACCGCCUGGAACCUCCACCUCGUUCACUCCUCCCCCUUCCACAACCAUCAAUGAAAUACCUGAACUACCCACCACCGCUAACUACUCCCUCAAAUAACUAUUUUUGAUCCUUCUUUCAGUAAAAUGUUGGUAAAUGUCUUUGUCCACAUCCCAUCUUGCACCCAUAUGCCAAACUGUAACGUUAUGAUGAUAACUUUUCCUCUACCCUGGGUAGGCAACAGGGCAGAGAACACUUCAACGUAUAAUCAUAUGGUCAUAAAAUGGAAUAGUUAUGAUUGUAUUUUCAGUAAGGAAGGGUCAGAUACUGUAGGUUUGGAGAUAAAUAGAUUUAGGAAAAGUAGAAAUUGUGUCAACAUUUUCAAUAAGCAUUUGAGCCAGGGUUAUAAAGAUUCCAGGUCUGAGUAGUAGAUUUGUGCAUGACAUUCACCGAAUGGACAUUAUAAAAGUAAAUGCUAAUUAAUUAGCAUGGUAGGUAAUGAGUUCUGGGUGCCAUGAUCUUGUUCCUGACCAAUGUCUAGACAAUAGCAAAGUCCUAAUCAAAUUAAAUGUUCAACCUCAGAUUUACAUCCAGAUUUAAUUGUGCAAUGGUCAACUGGGAACUAGGAACCCACUGCCACUGGAGAUGUUACAUAACUUAUAAAACCUCAAUAAUAGGAUUAAUAUGAAUGUAGUAGAAGUAGUUCACUAUAUGUCAAAGUGUGAUCAACAAAAACAUUGUUUCAAUUAGGAGAAUGGGAGAAGAAGUACCCUAAAACUUCAUCCCUUUCUUUUUUCAGAGCCUAAAACACGUUUCACACGCUACCGCUCAUGGAACUCACGGAUGUAUCCAGAGUGGAAAGAUGGGGACUCCCGAUACAGAGACUGUUGGACUGGUGCGUUCUCACUUUACUGCACGUUUUUAUAGACCAAUGAACGUAUAUUGAAACGUUUACCACUUUCUAUUGAUGUAUUUAUCACUUUCUGUCACCAGGUGGAGAAGUUACAUUCAAUGUGAAAAACGAUGCACCCAUCCUGACUGGCUCAAAGGCAACCUUUAACAUCAACCUUCGCUUCCCAUCGAACCAGAAAGCACGUCCUGAUGGACAGGUGGUGUGGGCGCGUAACUGCACUGUCAAUGGUGAGCUCUCCUUUCAAAUUCAACAACGAUACCAUACCAUCGACCCCACAGUUUUUUGUUGGUCGUAUAGGCCUACAGUCUUUUUCUAGUGUCCCUAACCUUUUUAUGUUGAACUGGGUGUGGUCCUCUUCUCCUACAGGAACACAGUACCGUCAGGGCCAGGCUGUGUACCCCGACAAGGUCUCUGGUCCUUCAGGAGAGUACAGUGGAGUCUUCCCUGAUGGCACCCCCUUCACUGGAACCGCAGACAUGAAACCCCACUACGUGUUUGUGUGGAAGACAUGGGGUAAAAACAGCUCUUUAAUUUACAGACAUUCAUGUGAGAAAGUGCUAACACAAUAACCCAAUGCUUUCUGGUAUUUACAAAGCUGUACGCAGUGUACACUGUGAAAUCAUUCCUUUGAUAAGAGGGUUGAAAGGAGUAAUAAAGCAGCUAUUGUUCUUCUGAGCUUUGUCAACUCAAGGUUUGAUCAUCAGGCCUUUCAGUUAAGUUUUAUAACCGUUGCUGUGUUUUCUAACCACUGCUGCUUUGUAUCCCAGGACGUUACUGGCAGGUGGCAGGCGGGCCCUCCUCCUCUCUCACCAUCGGCACAGACAAUGUGCCCCUAGGCUCUUACAACAUGGAGGUGGUCAUCUACCACUGCCGCGGCAAGGACAAGUUCAUCCCUCUGGGCUAUGCCUCCACAACCUUCUCCAUCACAGGUGGGCAGCUGUUCAAGAGGAAACACUUGCCAAAUUUAAAUGCACAAAAUCUUAUUUUAAACAGAAAAUCAAUCAACCCUAAUUUGACUUCAAUUGAUCAUUUGAAAUAUUUUGCAUUUAUUCUCACAAUCUUUCACAACAUCAACUUGACCUGUUUUGCCUUUGCCUUGUGCCUCCCCAGACCAGAUCCCCUUCACAGUGUCGCUGACCCAAAUUAAUGAUGUGAACCAGGCUGACCAGAGAUUCAUCCAGAACAGGGCCAUUUCCUUCAGCAUCAGCCUCCACGACCCCAGCCAGUACCUCAGCACCUCAGACGUCACCUUUAACUGGGACUUUGGUGACAACAGCGGCACCCUCAUCUCCAGGGAGCGCCAGGUCUCACACAUGUACCUCACCACCGGCACCUACAGGCCUCAGGUGGUCCUGAUGGCAAGCAUCCCCAAUGGCUGUGACACACCUGCAGACCCCACCGCUGCCAGCCCCACUGGUGAGAGACAUCAUUUUCUAUUUUACAGCGUAUCCAUUUAUCUGAUCCAAUAUUUCCUUUACCAAAGUCAAUGCAUAUUCGGUGCAUAUAACAUACGUAACAGUUGUAAGUUACAUUUGUUGCCUUUGUUUUUGUGUUUUCAACCAGUUUUGACCGGCGCCCCUGCCGUGGUUGUGGUGGUCUCCACCCCAGGGGCAGCACCAGCUGACAUCGCCCUGGAUCUACUCGCCUCUGACGUUGCCCCUGCUGAGGCUGCAGAAGCAGUUGUAGCCGAUGAUGCAGCCGCAGCCGAAGAGACAGCCGCAUCUGAACCCGCAGCUGAAGCUGAUGCCACAGCCGAAACCACAGACACAGCCGAUGCCACAGCCGAACCCGCAGCCGAAGGCACCGCCUCAGAGGGAGUGGAGGUGGUUGCCUCAGUGGCCCCUGUGGCAGAGGAUGCCACCGUUGUCCCAGCAGCAGAAGAUCCAGCUGUCGUCUCGGCAACAGAAGACAAUGCCGCUGUCCCUGCAGUAGAAGCCGAUGCCACAGCAGAAGACACGGCUGCUGCAGCCAUUGAGGACCCCGCCACUGUGGAGGGAGCCACAACUGCCCCCAUCGCUCCAGCAACUGAAGAGGUAGCUGCUGCGGAUUCGGCCGAUGCAGCUGCUGAAACCGCGGUGGUAGAGGCUACAGCCGCAAAUGUGCCCGCCAUCGACGCUGCUGCUUCAGUUGCUCCAGUUGCAGAGGGAGUGGAGGCCAUAGUGGACCUGGUGGCCACAGUCCUCCCAGAGAUCCCAGUCGUAGACACCGUUGUUGCCACGGUGGAGGAGGCCUUAGUUGCCGAUACUGGAGUGGAGGUUGCGGCUGCUACAGAGGUGGCCCAGGCUGAGAUGGUGGCCCCUGCUGCUAACGUCAUUGUUUCUGCCGACACAGAGGCUGCAGCUGUGGUGGAGGUGGUGCCAGCUGAACCUGCUCUUGAGACCGAGGCAGCGCUAGAGGCAGAGGUCGUAGAGACUGUGAAUGAGGUUGCAGCUGACGACACUGCCGGUGAUCACUUACUUAGUUACUUACUCAUUCUAUAUAUAAACAAAAACACUUCAGCAAUAAUUUGAGCCAUUUCACAAUAUGAAUAACUUACUGUGUCUUUGUUUUCUUCAGCGCCAGCAGCAGUGACUGCUCCAGUGGAGAGUGAGGUAGCAGCAGAGGCUGAGAUAGAGGCAGGCACAGAGACACAGGUGGCUCUUGUUGUGGCUAAAAGGCAGGUUCCGGAAUUUACAGUGACUGACGACUGUAUGAUCUACCGCUACGGCUCCUUCUCGACCUCAGUGGAUGUCGUUCGUAAGUACACAUAUGUCCAUAUACUGUAUAUGUAUUUUCAAUACAGUCGCAGCUGAGAUGUACAAUGCAGGUGAUGGUUGCUGAUAAUGAUCUCUCAAUCAAUCUAAUUUCUCAGAGGGUAUUGAGAGUGUGGAGAUCACCCAGAUGGCUAACGUGGUGUCUCUGGCCACUGAGGUGGUACAGAAUGCUGUGGACCUGACCAUCACCUGCCAGGGGAGGUGAGUAGCCAGCCAGCAGUGGAGACAGGACCCAAGGGACCGUGCACAUUCUAUUGAAAUUUGCAUUUUGAACAUUGCCAUCCCCUGCACUUUAUAUCUCCACCUUCUCUUUGCUUAGUCUGCCCAAUGAAGUGUGCACCAUUAUCUCGGACGCAGACUGCAUCACACCUGUGGAGACCGUUUGUAACAACGUGACACCCUCCCCAGAUUGUCAGAUGAUACUUCGCCAGUUUUUCAACGAAUCUGGAGUGUUCUGCAUCAAUGUGUCCCUGACAAAUGAUGUUAGUCUGGCUGUGGCCAGUGCUAAAGUCAGUGUGACAGUGGGUGAGUGAAAUUAACGAACAACUGUACAGAAAGCUUUAUGAACUUUAAAAAACGGUUUUAUAUUAAAUUUCACUGAUCUGUGGAGUGUACUGUACCAUACCUUCCUCAUACUGUGUGUUGUGGUUGCAGGCUCCAACUCCUCCACAGCAGGCACUGUGGCCGCGGUUCUGGGUGUCAUGGUCCUUGUCUGUGUUGUUGGUGCCAUUGCUUUGACCUACAAGUGAGUGAAAGACAGUUCUAACCACCAUAAAAGUCGCAUGAUGCAAUGAAAGUCACACACUUCCUGGUUUCUCCAAAUUGAUUUAUGAUCCACAAAAAGUAUUGACACAAAGUGGUCCAAAAAGAAAAUAUCCCAUGCCAUUAUUAUGUGCGGUCUUAUACAAUAUAAUGCAAAUCUUAUUUUUUUUGAAACUGUAGAAUGAAUGCCAGCUAACUUGUGUUUUCCAACCAGGCGGUUUAAGCAGUACCGUCCACUGAGGAAGGACUCAACAAGCGGCAGCAUGGGCAGCUCUGGAAUCACGUCUGUGCCGAUGCUGCUGUGGAAUCUUCUGAUCCGACAGUCACCAGGAGAAAGAAGCCCACUGCUUCAGGGAAUGGUGGUGUGAACACUCAUAACCAUCUGCACUGAUACAGCACACACCCAUGCAUGUAUGUUAACAGGUAAAUAUCCCUCAGACACACACAUCCACUCAGCAACUGUAAAAUGCAGAUAUACUGUACAUGUUAACACAUUCUCCAACUUGCAUGCAUGUGUACCCAUAAAGACACAUACUGUACACUUGCAGACUCAGACACACACAGCCACUCUAAUGCAGAGACAAACUGCAACAAGAGCAAGCAAUAUAAAGCAAUUGUAUUAUGUAUUGUUACACUGAAAGCGAAUUUAAUAAAAAAUAUCAUGUAUUGCUAAUGUUUUUCAACACGGAACAAAAAAGAAACCCCAAAAGCCAAAAUAUAUGUUUGUUUCUGGCAUUGCAUCACUUGUGACAAAAUAUUAUAUUUAUUUUGACCCACAUACUUUUUUUGUUUAAGAAAAAGAAAAACUGAUUAAAGUUUUCAAAAAUUGAAUAAUUUAUGCUGUGCUUUUUCUGUACUUGUUAUGCACUCUUCUUUAGAACGUAAUCAUAACAAUGAAUGACUUUCUCUUUUAAGCUUCCAACAUAUUAAUUUGCUUUGCUAACUGGUCUAAUUUGUAUUGCCAAUAACAUCACAGCACUUUUGUUUUUAUAACAUAUUUAGUGUCACCUCAAAAGAAAGCAUUUCAAUUUCAAUGAUGUAAGAAUUUUCAACUAUACCUCAAAAUUAGAACGUUCCUAGUCCUAACUAAUCUUGCAUCCUUGAUUUUGUCCUCCAUGCCCUUACUAAACUAGUACUGAUUUUCCUGUCCAUAGAAAUAUGUGUGUUGAGUGGUUUAUUAUAUAU